UAAGUUUAGUUUCAUCUUUGCUACAGCCUCUUUGUGCAGGGAGAGGAGGCAAGGCUGCUCACCAGAAAAGGGCCUAGGAAUGGCUGUCCCAACCGUUGUGACGAUCCAGCCACAAUUUGGCGGGGCCAUGUCUUCUGUCUCGAGAUGCACGUGGCAGACAGGCCUGAUGGACUGCUGCUCCGACUGUGGCGUCUGCUGCUGUGGGAUGUUCUGCUUCCCCUGCCUGGCUUGCCAGGUGGCUGGGGACAUGAACGAGUGCUGCCUGUGUGGGACCAGCGUGGCCAUGAGGACCCUGUACCGCACCAGAUACAACAUCCCGGGGUCCAUUUGCUCUGACUACUGUGUCACCCUGUGGUGCACUGUUUGCUCUGUUUGCCAAAUGAAGAGAGACAUCAACCGCAGGAGGGAGCUUGGCAUAUUCUGAUGCUGCCAUCCUCGCUGCAUCCUUGGAGCUGCUCCAAGCAGGAGUCACCACUGCUCUGACUGUUGGGAAAUGCACCAUGUGGAGCUUGCCUUGACUGCAUUUGAUUUUCUCUACUUAAUUGCAGAAAUAAAGUUUUGAGUUUGUCUUCCUA